AUGAGGAUGGCAUUCAGAGAAUACACAGGGCGUGCCGGGUUCGGUGGUGUAUCAGGAGCGUCUCUGACUGGCAAGCGAAAGUACCUGGAUGCGAACGGCAUCCACCUCCUUCAGGCGCAUCCGAGCCUCUGCCAGCUCCUUUUCCAGAUGGACCAUUUUCUGGCGAAACUUUUUAAACUGCGGCCAUGGUACCCUGAACUCGAAAGUGCUCUUCUUGCAAGGCGGCAUAUCCGGUUUGGAAGCCUUGCUUUCAGAUGGAUGCAGGACUCGCUCAGUGCAAACAAGGACCAGGUUUCUGCAAAGGUUAAGAAGCUCAAGAAGAGUAGUGAUGUGGCUGAUUAUGAAAAAAGAAAGAGACCUCAUUGUCUGGAGAGAGGAAGCCAAAAAAAGCAUCUUUCUAAGCUACAACACGAGUCACCUAUCUCAUAUCCACCUUCAUCUGAACCUGAAGAUGAAGAUGAUGGUGACUCGCUGAGCAGCUGUCACUGUUCUCCAAUUGCAUCAAAGCAGACGAGGAGUAUCGAGAAGAAUCAAUUGCUAUUCUGGCAUCUACUAUCUGAAAUAUGGAAGGGAAGAAAGCAGUCUCAACUCUCAUGCGUUGACUCAUGGAUGAUGGCGCUGCCCUUCACUUUGUUUACAAGUCCACAAGACACAAGGAGAAGCAGGCCCUUACAGAACUGGGCAUCUUUGACCUCAUAUCAA